GAGUCUCCUCCUGUCUACAACAGCCUGCACGCUGCGUGUCUCCUCAGAUGCUGAGGCACUAGCUCAGGAAGGAGGAGGGUGGAGGAAGAGAGAGAGGAAGAUUUCAGCACCGGAGCUGUCCGCCGAGAAGACUCAGUUCCUGCUCAAAGGAGACAAGCUGUACGACUGUACAUUUCCACAGUGGGACCUAGAAGAGGGGGAAGGAAUAAUAAACUGCCGUGCCAUUCAUCUCUCUCGGGAGGGGGGCUUCAGAAUAACAUUCAAGUGGAGUCUUGCCAUGCUGGACGGCCGGGCUUGAGACGCAAAGGACAAAGUCUCCACAUAAGCUGAACAGCAGCCUUUUCACUCUUUACGCCAUGGGAGUGCUCAUGUCAAAGAAGCAGCAGGUGGAGAAGGUGCAGAAAUGCAACGCUGUGGUCUUUGCCUUCCAGUCGGGCAUUAAGGACCGCCCUGCCCCCGCCAAAAAUUCGGACGACGAAGAAGAGGAAGGCGAAGCCAAAGCAAAACCUUCGGCCAAUGCUGAUGACAAUACCACAGAGGAGGCGGAGCCAGAGGACACGGACAAUAACCCAGGUCCGUCCACCUCGCAGCCGGCCAAGGACGACUGCAAGGUCAACCAGGAGUCUUGGUCCAGGUUACGGGACGGGAAAGGAGUGGAACCGGAAGAUCUCGACAAGACCCAUCAGCUCACGCCACCUGCUUUCGUUCGGCCCAAAAGGGAAGCCGAUGACGACCAGCCCGUAGAGGUGGAGCUGAAAAAGAAAGAGCAGCCAUCGAGCGAUGAGAUGUGUGACGUGUGUGAGGUGUGGACAGCGGACGACUUGUACCCCUGCAGGAUCUGCACUCGGAUGUUUCAUGACGGCUGCCUGAGGGAGCUGGGCUACCUGCGGGCCGAGGCUCUGCAGGAGAUGAGAGACACGGCCCACACUGUCACCGGCUGGAGCUGCUACUAUUGUGAUAAUCUAAAUCUGCUGCUAACAGAGGAGGAGAUGUACAGCCUCAUGGAGACUUUCAAGCAGUGCAAGAUCAUUCCAGAGUCCUGCAUUGUGUCAGACGAGCUUCUGCAGUACCGCCAUCAUGCAUCCAAGCAUCUUUUUGACAAGGAUCUGACCGAUGAGCAGGAGGAGGAAGUCCUGGCCCAGUUUGCGGCGCUGGAUCCUGAGAAGAAGGGUCACAUCGAGUGGUCGGACUUCCUUUACUUCGAGUCUCUUGUGGUGUUGAAGAAGUUUCGCUCAGAGAACUCAAUGGUGCGUCUGCUGACCGCCAAGGAGAGGAACACCGCCCGGACAGUGUUCCUGGGUCUGGACCUGGACGAAGACGACGUGAUCACAAGGUCAGAAUCCCGCCAGGCCCAGCAGUCGUGGUACCACAAACAGAGCAAAGACUCGCAGUCCUGCAAUGUGAGGUGAGCAAACCAAAAGAGGGUCAGCAUCCCGACACAACAUGUUUGAAUGCUUUGUGAAAAGUCUAGACUGAGAUAAAAAGGCACACGUCUAUGCUCACGUCUGGCAGCAGAGUGAGGAUCUCAUCUGUAUGCAAACUGCAGCUGGCAGAGGGAAAAGUGGUGUUGGCUGCGUAGGGAGGGAAGAGAGUCAGAAAGAAGACUGAAAGCAAGAUAACAAGCUGUCUACUUUUCACAUUACAUCAUCUCCUUCUGGUUGACAUAAGCCACAGUAACAGUGUCCAUUUUGAUGGCAUUGGGGAUGACACGCUUCUUU